GCGUAUGAUGGGAUACAAUGAUGGAAUUAUGCAGCCUGGAAGUAGAAUGACUCAAGGGAGUAAUUUAUAUAAGUGCAAAACCGGGAGUUGUUGGGUUAUGGCUCGUAAUUUUUUUAGUUAUUACCCCCCUUAUUAAUGACUUUUAUUUAUAAUGUCUCUUAUCUGUAGAAUCAUUUAAAAAGAAAUACUGCCGGGGACACUUCUCUCAUCAAUUCUACAUUAUUAGAGACCUGAAUGCAUUAAAAACGUCUCUGUACUGUUUCAACCCAAAAUAUGCCAAAAAUAAAGGAUAUUCAAAUUCAGAUUUCAAAGAAAUGGUGGAACGUAUGGAGGAACAGUACAAAUCAUUUUGUAACCACUUCAAAAAUCAAACCGAUAUGAAGAUUCAGAAAGACUAUUUUUGGGAAGUGCAAACUGAUGAUGUUUUGAAAGGACAAGGAAGUGCUCAUAAGACGGUGGCGAUCAGUAUGAUGAUCAUGUUGCAAAAUUCUGUAUGCAGUGAUAAAGAUAAGGUCAAUCUUAUCAAUCAGCAGAUAGUGUUCGUGAAAGCUGUCAACGUUUAUGAGAACGGAUUCUUCCCAAAACUUAUGGACAUCUUAGAAGCCAACAAGUUCAGAUUCCGUCUUACCUCUGAAAAUAAAUCAACUACUGUGGUUGCUGAAUCUCUCCUCCCAAAAGAAUCCUUCAAGAACCUCCCUCUUGUUUAUCAGGGAAAAGAUGAAGACGGGAGGAUUUAUAUUGGUGAAAAGUGGGGAAAUGCGAACAUCAGAGCUUCUGAGGGAUCUACUUCACAUGACAUACUGAAGAAAACUGCUUUAUCUGAGUUCCCAAAAGAAAAUAGAACCCGACUCUACCAAUUCCAGCACCCAGAGAUUGACAAGGUGAAGAUGGUAAAGAGGGACAGCUCAAAGACACCAGCACAAAAAAUCAUUUUUGAUAAGAUGAAGGAAGAAGCCAGCAAGAUGGAAAGCCUUGGUCAAAUGGCUUGCCUUAUUGGGAAGAUGUUGGGCGCGCAGAUAAAUGGUCAUCCAAUUAAACUGCUAAAUCAAAAAUUUUCUCAUUUUGAUGAUGGUUUCAAGAAGAAAGAAUUUGAAGAUUUCUUUGGAUAUUUCUUUGGUUGUGGAGUAGAGGUUGAUAUUCCUGUGUUCGUUAAAGAUAAAAGUGGAAAAGUUGUGUGGAAUUGUUAGAUUGAGUGUCUUUUGUUUAAAUUUUCAGUACAGUUUCGAUUUUUUUGGUUUUAAUCAUAUCAAUCCAACAUAUUUGUUUUUAGAACUUACAUCAAUAUGCUGAUUAUUAAACCACUACUCAUUUUGAGUGAUAUUAAUUAAAAU